UUUGUUCCAGUCCAAUAUGGCGGUGUAUGUUAACUUAGUCCGGAGAGCUGUUGGCCAAAUCACGGGUCACGGUGGGGUGAAGGGAUUAUUCCUGCAGUUCUUCAGGGUAAACGAUGUGAAAACAGGAGCUCUGGUCGGCGUCGACAAAUACGGCAACAAGUACUACGAAGACAAGAUGUAUUUCUUUGGCCGUCACCGAUGGGUCGUUUACACCACAGAGAUGAACGGCAAGAGAACGAUGUGGGACGUCGACGGCAGCAUGGUGCCUGCAGAAUGGCACCGGUGGCUGCACUGCAUGACUGAUGACCCUCCCACAACACAUCCUCCAGAGCCCAAGAAGUUUUUGGCGGAAAUCCACCAGAUCAACGUGAGCGGAACCUCUGCGUGCUACGUCCCGUAUUCCACCACUCCGAAGAAAAUCCACGAGUGGGUACCACCCAAAGUUGGACAGCAGUGACUCCAAGUUCAGUACAACACAUCGUUAUCUGUCUGAAUCUUGUGUAAAUUAUAGAUGGGAUUUAUAACUGUAAAUGAUUAAAUCUUUAAAAAAAAACC